ACGACUAGCCAAAGAUCAAGGAGAAUUUGUUGGCGGGAAGCUUCGACGAGAUGCUUUACCGUCUCCUGAAGCAGCAAAAAGAGGACCACGAGAAGGAAGAGGUAAGCGCGGACAAGGACCAAGCCGUUUACAAGACCCUGACUGACAUGCGGAACAUGAUGGCCGACAUGAAGGAGGAAAGGCUAAAAUUGCAGAUUGAGUUGGAAGCGGCGAUGGAGUCAUUGACAAUUGAAGAUGCCAAGGUCGGAGAUGAAGGUUUGAGCAAAAAACAGGAAGAGGUAUUGCAGCGAGCUCGGUCAGUGAUCAAGAAGAUGAACCGAUGUCGGGAAGCUUGUGUUCAAGUAUGUGCCGACAUGAAUGAAGAAUGGCCCGGGCUUCCCCAAGUUUUUCUGUUUGGAGGAUGGGACAGAGAUGGCCAAGGAGGUCUUACUGAUGUUACCACAUCACAGCCUGGAUCGUCGUUGGCAGGGCGUUUGAUGGCCACCACGAUCUUGUCUCGUCCUGCUUUUAAGCGACUUGCCACUGCUGGCCUCCCACAGGCUCGGAGGGCUCGGAAGCCGCCACGGCCAAGGGCAAUUCCAGAGGAAGGGCCAAGUCAGCCUCGGGAAACCGAGACAAUUCCGAUUGAAGAAGACGAUGGCGAGGAGGACGAAUUGUUGCGGGCCGAGGAUGAGCGGCAGGCCAAACAACGGGCCAUGGAGAGGGAGCCAGAAACGGGCAAAACCGACGUUGGGGAAGGAGAGCUGAAAAAGAAGAAGCAAGUCUACACAAUUCCAGUAGAGCAAGGGCUGGAUAUUGAGCAAAUCGUGGAUCGGAUUUUGGAAAGCCAGCGCGAUUUGUUCACGCUCAAGGAAUUCUUGGCCGCGUCACCAAAACUCCAAGAGGAGUUCAUACAUCGAUUGUCAAGAAAAAAGGUGAUGACGGUUAAGAUGAGUGAUAUCUUUCCUCAAGAGAUUAGUUGGGCUCCGCCUGGGACAAAAAUGGACUGGCACUGUGUUGCAACUGGGUUGUUGAAGGUGCAAGUUGGGCCAUGCGAAUAUUCAGCUCUCAUCGACGAUGGAGCUGAAAUGAAUAUUAUACGUGAAAGAGAGGCCAUGGGGGCAGGAGUCAACAUCAAUGGAGCAGAUACUGGAUUUCUGGUGGGUGCAAGUGGGAUAACUCCCUUUUGCGGAACGGCGAGUGACGUGACGAUACAAGUUGGUAAAGUCAAAGUUCGUUCGUACUUCUUUGUGCUACCCAGGAUUGAGCAUGCCGUGUUGCUGGGCAGAGCUUUCCUAUGUCCGUCAGAAUCCAUCAUCUUCAAUAAGCAUGAUGGUACUAUAAUCGCGGUUUUGUGCGACCCAGUAUGUGACUAUUACGAGGUGAUGAAGUGUGAGAACACAGGACCGACCAAUUCAAGGAACCGACUCAGGAGGGAGAAGGAAUCCCUCGGAGAAGAGAGCGAUCCCCAUGAAUUUUUCCUUGCUUUGCCCAACAUCUCUCAAGCGAUCGAGUUCGUUGCGACAGACUCGUCUCUGGACCCCAAGUUGGUCCAAACGCUGACAGAGAUUGUGGCAGGAGAAGGCGGGACUGGUAGAAUGUAUCUUACUUAUCGGCCCGACAGGUCUUCGGAAGGUGAUGUAUUGACGGAGCCAGCAGCCAAGCAAGGGCUUUUUUUAGAGGUGGACGACUUGGAGUUGGAGGGAAACGCAAGUUGUGGGGAAGCCGUGGCCUUGAGGUUGCUGCUGGUUUUCUGGGGAGGUGCGGCAGAAGCGCUGCCGAAUUUUUGCGGCAACAGCACCUGUUUUCUUUCCGGAACAGCAAAAGCGCUGCAGAAAUUGUGCGGCGGCAGCGCUGGUAUUCUUGGCGGAACAGCAGAAGCGCUGCCGGAAUUGUGCGGCGGGAGCGCUUGUAUUCUUGGCGGAACAGCUGAAGCGCUGCCGAAAUUGUGCGGCGACAGCGCUGGUAUUCUUGGCGGUACAACGGAAGCGCUGCCGAAUCCUUGUAGCGAUAGCACCGAUUUUCUUGGCGGUACGGCGAGGGUGCUGCUGGAUUAUGUGGAGAUAGUAUUUUGCACAGAAUUACGAGAAGGGGGAUUGGACCUUGCCGCAGGGACGGUACAGCCAAGGUGGAAGUGCACCUUGGAACAGAAAGGGUGUGACGAUCGUCUUGUUGACGGCAUUGCGGCUUGCGGCACUUGUAAGAAUUGUUGAGGCCGUUGUUAUUUUUUUGUGGCAUACCGAGUAAGCGGUGAC